AAGAAAAAAAAAACAGUAGAAGCUCCAGCAACUGUUCAUACAGUCUGAAUGAAAGGCACCACAGAAAACCGGAUGGCUCACUGGCUCUAGUCCUUCACUACACUGCGCACAGUGGAUCACGUGACUCUACUGGUUGUGAUGUCUUCUUUCGCUUACUGUCUGUGACUACGCGCUUUGAGAAAAACAUGGGCUUCUGCGUACUGUGGAGUCAAACCGACGAGUGUCCUCUCAAUAUUACCCUUCAUAUUAGUGGAGGCAGACACAGCGUGACAAAGAAAAGAGGCGCUGAUCUGGAGAAGAAGCCGCGAUGUUUCUGUUUCAGUUACCCGAGGAUGUGCUCUUCCUCGUCCUGUCCUACCUGGAUCCCAGAUCGCUUUGCCGCCUCUCUCAAGCGUGCAAGAGAAGCUACAUGUUCAUCUCCAGAGACGCUGUUUGGAGGAAAAUAGCUAAAGACAUUAUUAACACUGGCUUGACACGACAAGGAAUAGAUUUGUGUCCUUCUAUUCCUCUUAAGGACAGAGUGAGGGUGUCCCACAACUGGAUCCAUGGAGUCUGUCGAAAAGAAGUCCUUUUAAAAUGGAGAAUUAACUUGCUGCCAUGGAUACAGCUGGACUGUGAUGUGCUGUAUCUCUCUCAGGCAGCAAAUAUCAGUGCGUACCAUCUGAGAGCUGACGGGGGAAAGUUACAGAACAGUCGAGUGGCCCUGUUCUCCGGACACCAAGAAGACGUGUGCAGAUUCACUCUGACAGACACACACCUUAUCAGUGCAGGAGGUGAUGGUAAAAUAAUUGUUCAUGACAGAGGAAGUGAUUACUCUGUGGAGUAUUAUGGUCACAAUCAGGAGGUGAACUGCAUUGACUCUAAAGGGGGUGUGAUAGUCAGUGGCUCCAGAGACAAGACCGCAAAGAUUUGGGCUCUGACUCCUGAUCGAUUUGGACAGUGCUUACAUACAAUCCCCACAUAUGACAGAGUGUGGUCGGUGGCCAUCAGUCCAUCUCUAUGCAACUUUGUGACAGGAACAGCCUGCUGUGAGAAUUUUGCUCCUCUUCGAAUCUGGGACACAGAAAGGUGUCACCUGGUGUCGUGUCUCGGUACAGAGUUCCGCCGUGGCGCAGGUGUGUUGGACAUCGUCUAUGAGUCUCCCUUCCAGCUCCUCACCUGUGGAUACGACACUUUCAUCCGCUAUUGGGAUUUGCGCGUCUGCUCCAGGAAAUGUGUGAUGGAGUGGGAGGAGCCUCAUGACAGCGCCCUUUACUGUAUAAAGACAGACAAGAAUCACAUGAUUGCCAGUGGCUCGUCAUACUAUGGAGUAGUCCGCCUUUGGGACAAACGGAAAACCCGCUGUUUGCAGAUGUUCCAGUUGGCGCCCACCACCAGCAGCCCAGUGUACAGCCUGUGCUUCAACACCACUCACCUGUACGCUGCCCUGGCCUCUGUCCUCUACUCCCUUGACUUCAGAACUGCAGCAUCCCAGUCCUGGAAAUAACCAUCCGUUAAUGUUGUUUGAGACUUUUAGGCUUGUUCUUCAUCUCCUCCAAGCCCUUAGUGAUGGUCUUAGACCCUUAAAUGGGGAAGUAGCCAUCUUGCCUUUGGAUAAUCAGUGCAGCUAAUGAUACAGUUGUGGCCUGGUGGAUAUUUCCACUGGCUCAUAAGAGCGAGCAGGGUUCACGACCUUUUGUGGCCCGAGUCUUAACAGACUUAAUACAUUGCCAGCGACCUCUGAGAUGUCUAAAACAAACACUGCUCAGAGCUGCCAACAUCCACUGAGGGGAUUUAUGCUUAACCACAGCACAUAUGUUAACUGAUAUAUUGUAGCUGAAAGUAUAUUUUUCCAACAAUGAGCCAAUUAAAUGUUUUGUUUUCUUUGUACGUUGUCUUUUUUGUUCUCAGUUAGCCAAGGCUUGCUCUGAAUUCCUUGGUCAGUUGUUGUUUACAUUGAUUCCAUGACACCUCAGUAAUGCCUCGCUCACACGUACACCAUUUUAUCGCUUGUAGUUGGUCGCUAGUAUGCGUUUCUGCUGCUAGAUGCCCUACUAUUAUCGAAACUGGUCAUAGCUUUAGAAAAUCUCAUCACAAACAGGAUGUCAUUCUAUUUUGACAAGAAAUCUGUUUUCUUACUGCUAAAAAUGAACAUCCUGGAAGGGAAAGUGUCUGUAUAUAAAUUGCAUUUAUGCAUAAUGCAUCAUCAUUAUCAAUUCAUGAAUCAAACUCUGCAAUGUUUUCCAUGCAUCAUUUUUUACUAUGAUUAAACGCUUACUUUAGCACUUCAUCUUUCUGACACUUCACUAUGGUAUCUCACAAAAG